AUGAAGUACGAUGCGGAGGAGCACAAGGCGGGCCUGCAAAGGGCUGAUAUUCUUGCCUUUUAUGGUAAGACCAGGGCCCAGAUUGUACGCACCACACACGAGCCCGAGCGGUAGAGUUGCAGGCCAAAGGCCCACCGUCAAGAGGCUAGACACGCGAGGCAAAGUGAAUGAUUGAUUCCAGCCCUCGGACAUCUUCUCCCUCUUGACCGUGGCUGUUGUUGCUUAGGUCUCAGUACACGCGUGACUCGUGGAUGAAGGUACAGAAGCGCGGAUGUCUCUCUCCUUCACGCCAGGAUGUGUGUGACAAGCCAGCCGUGGGAAUGGGAGCAAGUGCGAGCGUGCAACGCCCUCGUCAAACGUACGUGAAGCGCAUGGAGAUCGAGGAUUGUGGGUAAAUCUUGAAUGUUCAUCGAGAAUCGCCAUCGAGUGGCUGCCAGUUAGUUGACUUGGCUCUGCUGUCUACAAAAAAGCUGGUAACUCCGUCCGCGACCGAAUGACUCGUGACGUGAGUCGUGACUGCAUGCAUGACUCACGACUCGCGCUGCAUGCCAACUCAGACUGGUGGGAUGGGAUGAGUUGACUUUUGCCCGCCCUUCGCAUGAGCCUCUUAGCGUGCGUUGCUCCAGUCGUGACUCGUGAGUUUAGGGGUCUCGCGCACAUCACCUUCUUGUGCGUCAUCCGGUUGGCCGGUUAGGAGCGUGGUGUGGGCACAUCACCAGCGUCGCUAUAGCGACGCUGGUGAUACUACUGCAGCGACGCUGGUGAUACUACUGCCCGCAUGAAGACACGCAUGCAUGCUGCAGCAGCAGCACGCGCGUAACGCGUGUUGUCGUGCCCGUCCUUUCAGGUCGUCGCCCGCCGAAUCUCAACACCAGCACGAGCCCCUUUCAACCGCGUGAAUACAUCAGAAACGCGGGCAAGUUUGCAGCAGCACCGCGUUGGGCGCAGAGGCUGCUGUAAGCGGCAGCGCGGCCCGCUGUGGUGGCUGGCCACGCGGCUCCCCGUCCUCCUCGAUCGAUCCCGAGGUCGGGAUCGCGGUUCUUUUUCCGCCGUCGGCUCUUCCUCGACCCUUGAAUCAAGCCAGGCUGUGCGUUCGCUCUAUCGGCGGCCCUGCGACCAAGAGCCAUCAUCACUCGUGACUCUCAGCUCCAUCGACACAACUUUGCUUACGGCUGCGCAAUCGCUCCAUCUCUCCAUUACACUGCUCUACUUCUCAUCGACUUGGCCCUAAAUUGCCUCCUUUGACGACCCGCCGCUCCAUCUUGCCAAUCCAUCGUAUCCUCUCGACCCUACUCCAUCAACUUGUGCUCGACAAUAGUGCCGAGCGACCCAUUCGAGCCUGGAGAGUCUUCUCUCUGUUGCUUCCCGGAGCCAAUCCUCGCGACGACCCAUCACGACCUUUCACGAUUCCGGCCCAGAUCCGGCCAUCUGCUCUAUUUUUGCUCCACCUACAUAGGGCGCGAAGGACUUUGGGUAGAACUGACAAUCGCACCCUCCUGGUGAAGUCAAGCAACUCCCUUUUGGAACGUGCGGACGCUUUGCUUUGACUGCUCUGCCUUGCUAACCAGUCAACUUCGAAGUCCGCAGUCGUCAUGGUGAGUGACUCGUCUUGAAUCUUCGCUCGUACGUCGCACUUCGCUUUGCUGAUCUCAUGAAUGCUUUCGCCAUUAGCCCAACAUCACUCGCUCACCGCUGUUGAGUCCACGAAGAAGCAGUGCACACAAGGAUCUGCCUCGAGCUAGCAACAAUGUCAGCAACGAUGCCGUCACGCCAUCCGUGAUUCCAUCAGCGGUCGCACUGGCCAAUGCAGCCUCAGGAACCACAAAUACGGCUGCGCACGGCACAAGGGCGUUUUCUCGUCCUGCCAAACCAGCUGCGAGCGGCGCAGCUCUCUCUGAACAGUACCAAUUGCUGGAAAAGCUUGGAACGGGCUCUUUUGGCACAGUGUAUCGGGCUAUGCACAAAGAGACCAGACAGAUCGUAGCUAUCAAACAAAUCGACCUGGAAGAUUCGGACGAUGACAUUUCCGAAAUUCAGAUGGAAAUCGCGCACUUAGCUCAAUGUGAUAGCGAAUGGGUCACAAGGUACUACGGAAGCUUCGUGAAGGGAUACAAGCUCUGGAUCGGUGAGUGUGACUCUCGUUUGACUUCGCGACUCUAUGCAUAAUCAUUCCUCUGCUUGCAAUCUGACCUUUCUUGCCUACCUCGUCAUCCUGAUGUUUUCGCCAAAUCACAGUCAUGGAGUAUCUUGCAGGAGGUUCGUGUCUCGACUUGCUCAAAGCUGGCCCAUUCCGCGAAGAGCACAUCGCGAUCGUCUGCAGGGAGCUGCUCUUCGGGCUCGAGUACUUGCACAAUGAGGGAAAGAUACACCGUGACAUCAAGGCUGCCAAUGUGCUCCUCAGCGCCAGCGGAAAGGUCAAGCUUGGUGAGUAUAUGUUAUCAAAGCUCUGGUGCUAUGUGCUACGUGCGACGCUCACAAAUUCAUCCACGCUCAUUCCUAACACUUAGCCGACUUUGGCGUCGCUGCUCAGCUCUCCAACAACAAGUCGAGGCGCAACACGUUCGUCGGCACCCCUUUCUGGAUGGCGCCGGAAGUCAUUCGCCAGGCAGGCUACGACGCCAAGGCGGACGUGUGGUCUCUAGGUAUCACGGCCAUCGAGAUGGCGAAAGGAGAGCCACCGCUGGCCGAGUACCACCCUAUGCGGGUGCUCUUCUUGAUUCCAAAGGCCAAGCCUCCUGUGCUAGAAGGCAACUUCAGCCGCGAGUUCAAAGACUUCGUGGACCUGUGUCUGAUCAAGGAACCUAAGCAAAGACCAUCAGUCAAGGAGCUGCUCAGUCACCGUUUCAUCAAGGGCGCGCGCAAAACGAGCGUGCUGACCGAAUUGAUUCAGAGACAUCAAGAGCACAAGGCGCGCGGAGCAAAUCGCGGCGGCAACAUUGUCCGCGAUCACCUCCAGUCAGCUAGCGAGAUUGCCGACUCGGACGCAGCCAGCACAGUCGGGCGCAACGGCACGAUGAUGAGCGAAUGGCAAUUUGACACCAUCCGAUCCACGUUGGACUCUCCUGGAGAUCAAAGCUUGGAGAGCAUAGACGUCUGGGCAACGGUCGGCCGUGGACCACCAAGCGUAGGCGAGGAUCGUCCCGGAUAUGCCACUGUAAAGGGCCAAAGACCAGCCGAAGGGCUCAUGGGCGCCAUGGAAAGCACCGUCACCCGUCGCAGCUGUCAGCAAGCUGAAGCUGCGGGCGCCAUUGGGGCUGCGGCCGAAGAGGACGAAGCCAGCGUCAAUAGCGACGCUGAUCUGAGCGACUCUGCAUCACGAGGCGGGCGGAGCACGCCGGCAACGAGUGCAGCAUCCACGCCUAUGCGAGAGGACGUCUCCACUUCUUCUGUACACGUCAAUGCUCUCAAAAACUCCUUCAGAGGUAUGCGGCCAGGUGGACCUGAGCCAGAAGAUCUUGAUGCUGGCUCUUCAAAGUCGCAGCAUCUCAUUCCGCCACCUGGCAGUCGUGAUAAGGUUGCCGAGCCGGUCACGCCUCGCCAGGGUGUUGCGCACUCACCGUCAUCUUCAGUGGACGCUACUGCGAGCUGGGCACGUGCCAACGCAAACCGGUCACGGAGGAGUAGCUGGAACGAGCGCAGAGACAUCAAUGGGACUGUGCUGCGAGAAGCGGAUGUCGCGUCUGGUAUGGACACCAUCCGGCCUGUGAAACGACUCGAUGCAGGUGGCAGUGCGCGCAUCAGCGCCGAGUACAUCGGAUCUCUGCGAAAUGCCGAAGCGAGCCCCCGCUCAGCCUCGGAUCCGACCGCCUCUGCCUUCAAAUCACCAAAAGCUAGCGCCUCGAGUGGCUCUUCUUCCACGCCUUCGCGACCGGGCCACCGCAAGAGUCGGAGCAGCGAGGGCAGCAUUCCCGAAGAAGCUGAUCUGGAAAGCGCGGGUCACAGUCUCGUCAACGACGUUGUCUUGCCUGUGCUGGAGCAGAGCAAGCGAGAAGAGCUGCCGGCGAGGGAAAUCGAAGCGCUAGAGAUGAUCUCCAAGGGCUUCUCCGAGUUGGGCGAAGCGAACCCCAAGCUGGCAUACACGACCAUUGUGGAUCUCUUGGUAGGCAUGAGCGAAAACGAGCAGGCCAGAUCCAAUAUCUCAACUACCUUUAGGGCCAAGCUUCAACCGAGCUCACCUUCUCAACAGGCACAACCGGAGGCGGAGAGGAGCUCGCCCAUUGUGGAUUUGCUCUAUGGCCGUUGGCUCGAAGGCCUUCGCAAUCGCUGGGCUGGCGUCGUCUGA